AUGACGUACCCGAUCUUCCGCAUCUGUCUGCGCUGCCACGCACAGCCGGACCAGCACCACUUCAAGCCGCGCGCGAUUGCUUCGUACUACGACAAAGUGCUGAGCCCCGAGGGCCACACGAGUCUGCUACCAGCCACGCGCCGCUACCAGUCGGUGCGCAGCUACUUCAAGUGCCGAUGUAUGCCGUCGCUCCGCUGCGCGUACUGCGGCGGGUGCGAGUCGUGCUGCUGUCUGUGCCACACGCUGUUCCAGACGCGCUUCCGGUUCACGGCUCCUGAGAGCCUCGAGGGCCUGCGAGCAGAUGUGGACGCUGUCGUCAAGUACCAUCAGCAGCAACUUCAGCAGCAGCAGUUGCCCCAUCAGCAGCCGCUGCAGCCGCAACGUUAG